CUGGUCCCCAGUCAAGACGCCCGGCCUUCCUCUCUUUCUAUCCCCUUUCGUCUCCGCCGCCCCAGGCGCUUUGUUCCUUUUGCUUUCAUCGUGCUGCUCCUUCCUUGCUAACUGAGAGUUUCAUCUUUCUUCCACUCUCUCCCACGCUCCUUUUAUUUUGAUAUUUUGGUUCCUCACUACAUUCGCUUCUACAGCUGUCGCUCGCUACGAUUUGGGGACCGGACUUUGCCUUCCACAAACACAACCCUUUAGAAAAAACAGAUAUUAUAGUUGGAUCGCCACAGCGCCACCGACCGUUACGAUGAAGAACCUCAUCACUUACACGCUCGCCGCGACAUUGGCCGCUGGCGCCACUGCUCACCAGCACCAGCACGUCCACAACCGUCGCCAUGCCGGUUCCAAGGUCCAGAAGCGCGGUGCCAGCGUUGUCACCGAGUACGUCGUUGCUGCCACUGAGACCGUCUACGAGCUCGCCGGAAAGCAGCUUGGCCACGAAGAGGCCAAGGCCGGUCUCGAUGGCGGCAACCUGAUCAUCGUUGGCGAAUCCAACCCUACCUACCAGCCUCCCCCUCCUGCCGAGACCACCCAGCCUGAGCCCCAGAAGCAGAAGGCUGAGAUUGGCGCUCAGUUCUACCAGUCCAAGGAGGUCACCUCUGCCCCUGCCGAGGCCGCUCCCACCACCGUUGUCGAGGUUGUCUCCUCGGUUGCUGCCGAGAAGCCCAAGUCCAAGACUCCCGCCAAGGCCAGCUCUGGCUCCUCGUAUGGCGGCAGCAGCAGUGGCUCUGGUGUUAGCAAGAAGUUCGAGAGCGGCACAGUCCCCUGCAGCACCUUCCCCUCCGAGUAUGGUGCUGAGCCUCUCGACUGGCUCAAGCUCGGUGGCUGGUCUGGUAUCCAGUACGUUCCCGACUUCACACUGGGCUCCUUGACCAUCACCACGAUCCACACCGCUAUCAAGGGCGACAAGUGCAAGAAGGGUGCCAUGUGCUCUUAUGCCUGCCCUGCUGGAUACCAGAAGACUCAGUGGCCCAAGGCUCAGGGCUCCACCAAGGAGUCUGUUGGUGGUCUUUACUGCAACGACGAUGGCUUCCUUGAGCUUACUCGCGACGGUUACGACACCCUCUGCGAGGCCGGUGUUGGCGGUGUUUCCAUCCAGAACGACCUCGACGAGGACGUCGUUACCUGCCGAACCGAUUACCCCGGAACUGAGAACAUGGUCAUUCCCGCCCUUGCCUCUGCUGGUGGCAGCGUCAACAUCUGCAACCCCGAGCAGGACAAGUAUUACAUCUGGAAUGGCUCUGGCACCUCUGCUCAGUACUACGUUAACAAGAAGGGAUACAGCGUCGAGGACGCUUGUGUCUGGGACAGCCCCAAGGGCAAGGACGCCGGUAACUGGGCUCCCGUUGUCCUCGGUGUUGGCCAGGCUGCCGACGGCGUCACCUACAUCUCUAUCUUCCAGAACCUUCCCACAAGCGAUGCUCCGCUUGACUUCAACAUCGAGAUCACUGGAGACGUCAACUCCAAGUGCUCGUACAUCGACGGCAAGUGGACUGGCGGCGCCAGCGGCUGCACUACUGGUAUGCAGUCUGGUGGCAAGGCCAUCGUCCGAUACUUUUAGUUAAAACAUCGCAAGAGUUUUGAGUAGGAUGUGCGUUGUUAAUUUUUGGACCUUCUUGUGAAUAUUCUGAGCGGCAGAGCUUGGGACCCUUCGGCCGCAGGCCACGGACGAGGACAAGCAGCGGGGCACAAGUUGAAUCUGCCGACCUGUACCGCGGCUGAAAAGAGCGGGAUUCCUCCCUUUGUUUGUCAAGCUGGGGCUAGAUUUCUUGUAGAUAUGGACUUGGAUGACUUGAAAGGGAUUUGAAGAACGUUUCGACGGCUGAUCUAGGUGCCAGUCUCUUUUUCCCCAGCAGUAUUUUUUCCCUCUCUUUUCUUUGUCGGCACGUACUCCAUAUAUGCAUUUUUGUCGUUUUCUC